CUCGCCCAACGACCAAUCUCUCCUCAGCACCUCAGCGCUGUCUUUUCAGCUUUCGCUCCAGAUUCUAACAAACCAUUUAAUUCAGUAAUCACAAAAACAAUCUAAGCACACCAUAGUGCCAUUUGUUGGGUUAUUGUGUUACUCUUUACUGAAGACCUAGCGUAAUGCCUCAGAGAAUUGCGAUCAAUUCCAGUGUGGAGGCCAAACCCACUGAUGUCGGAGGCUGUUUGUCCAGCGCAGUCGUACAGGGCCUGUGUUCAGAGCGUGAUGCCAUAUGGUUUGACUGCAGAGCUUACGAGAGAGCAGAAAGCCACCAUUACAUAAGGCUUCAAGAACGCCAAAAUGGGACCACAUCUGCUGCAAGCACCUCAAAUUCCCAGCGUAGCCGAGAAAAAUGCCCUAAUUCAGUGACAGCUCCUGAUUCUCUUCGAUUCUUACCUGAUAGCCCUUCAACCCAUAUGUUAUGUGACGAAGGCUACUUAUCACAAACCCCAACUCCUCGCACUCCGGCAUCAGCACCAAUUAACGGCCUGCCGUUUGUGCCUGCACUCCUCCAAGGGGUGUGGUUUCAGAAGUCUCUUUACGAUCGGGCGGAAACAACGUUUUACCAGAACCUGUACCGUUUGAACAAGCCUAAUUCUUCACCCGAUGGCGAGCAAACAAGUUCCCUUGUCGCUGAGAAAUCCAAAUCUGAUAAGACAAAGGAGAAGAAACUAGGCAAUGAUGGAAUCCAGAAAGGAAGCAGUGCAUUAGAUCACUUCCUGCAUGCAGACAGCGAGAGGGUGUGGCUAGACCGCAGUCGAUACGCGGAGGUGGAAACUCGUUUCUACGAAGCCAUGACGACCAAAAGCGGCUGUAGCUUACCGUCGAAAAGAAGUGCAAUGGAGUGCUUGGCUCAAGAGAGGAUAUGGUUUGACAAACCUCGCUACGACGAGGCUGAACGAAGGUUCUACGAGAGGAUGAAUGGACCCACACUACCACCUCAGGACACGGGUGCUAAUAGUAUUCUUCAGGACAUUGCAAGAGCACGUGAGAAUAUCCAGAAGUCUCUUGCUGGAUUGAAGACAACCUUGCAGCCAACUAGGGGCUCCUCCCUUAAAUCCCCAACCCCUCCACACAGCCUCACUGCAGCAGGAGGAAGUAGUGCCGAACAAGGGGAACUUCUCGCACGCAUGAAGGAACUGGAACUGGAGAACCAGCGUCUACAAAAAAUGGUGCAGCAGUUGCAUUCGGUUGUCUCUAACCUGGAAAGUCGAGUCUCCGUCCUGGAAAAAAGACCAGCAGCCCCAGCGGCGGUGGUUAACGGAAUUUCUUCUAAGACCGUUUGUCCUCCUCCUCAGAAAACACCUCCUGCACCAGCAGAUGGCGAGGAUGAUGACGACGAUCUAGACCUGUUCGGUAGCGACGACGAAGUAGACGAAGAGGCGGAGCGCCUGAAGGAGCAGAGGCUACAGGAAUAUGCAGCCAAAAAAGCCAAAAAACCCGCCAUCAUCGCUAAGUCGUCAAUCCUGUUGGACGUCAAGCCUUGGGAUGACGAGACGGACAUGGCGAAGCUGGAGGAGUGCGUGAGGUCCGUUCAGGCCGACGGCUUGCUCUGGGGAGCCUCCAAACUGGUACCGGUUGGUUACGGUAUCAAAAAGCUGCAGAUCAACUGCGUGGUCGAAGACGACAAGGUGGGAACAGACCUGCUGGAGGAGGAGAUCACUAAGUUUGAAGAUUAUGUCCAAAGCGUGGAUGUGGCAGCUUUCAAUAAGAUUUAAAGCACUAACAUACUUUCCGCUCAUUCUCCAUCUGCACUACACAAACUACCGAUGAAAUAACAUUUGACAAUAAAGAACCCUGACUUUA